AUGGAUAAAUAUUCCAAGAUCAACAUCAUGAGGCACUCCCAAAACUCAAGAUCCAUAGACUUUUCAGAUCUUGUAUCAUUUUCCCCAACUCAAAAAUCCAACACCACAAACCCCACCAAGAAAACCCAAGAAACCAAUCUCCAGAUCAAGAAAAACAGCACAACCCAAGAUCAGAAAGGAGAUGAAGAUGAUGAACAACAAGGCAAUAGUGUUGGAGAGAGCUUUGGUAGUGUGGUGGUGUUGAAAAGGAACAACUCCAUCUCUUCUUCUUCUUCUUCAGCUGCUUCUGGAUUUCAGUCUGCAUUCAAAGGAGCAUUCUCAGUGAGAAGAUCUUCUUCAGUGUCAGAGAGGUAUUGCAGGAUCCAUGACCAGUCUACAACAACAUUAACAUCAUCACCCAAUGAUGAUGAUGAAGAUCAAGCUGCUGCUUGGGGGACAACAAGAUCUAUGAAGAAAAAGCACAAAGGAGGCAAGAUCCUUAAAGCCUGUAAGCGCUUUUUUGGACUCUAG